AUACUACGGAAGUGGCCGAGAUACGUACGUACGUGUGGCCGUACUUCCGUAGUCGUCUACACGUGGAUUUGUUGUUAACCCACAGGCCACAUUGCAGAUACCCGGAAUUUCAACUUUGGUAGUAAAUCCUAUGCAUGCUAUUUGCCAUGGCUACAGAAGCAAAGAGCGUUGAUGAAAGACUUCAUUUGAUAACAAGAAAUCUACAGGAGGUUCUUGGAGAAGAGAAAUUGAAGCAGUUGCUAACUGAUGGCAAGGAUGUAUCUAUCUAUUGGGGUACAGCAACGACAGGCAAGCCUCAUGUAGCUUACUUUGUGCCAAUGAGUAAGGUAGCUGACUUCUUGAGAGCAGGAUGCAAGGUAACUAUCCUCUUCGCUGACUUGCAUGCCUAUCUGGAUAACAUGAAGGCACCCUGGGAAUUGCUGAGUCUUCGUACGCAGUAUUAUGAGCAUAUCAUCAAGGCAAUGCUUACAUCCAUUGGUGUACCACUGGAAAAGUUGAAAUUUGUACGAGGGACAGACUACCAGCUAAGCAGGGAGUACACCCUGGAUGUGUAUAGGAUGUCUUCAGUUGUUACACAGCACGAUGUCAGGAAAGCAGGAGCAGAGGUUGUCAAGCAAGUUGAGCAUCCGUUACUGAGUGGUCUCCUGUACCCAGGAUUGCAAGCUCUAGAUGAGGAAUACCUGAAAGUAGACUGCCAGUUUGGAGGGGUAGACCAACGCAAGAUCUUUACCUUCGCUGAGAAGGCUUUGCCAGCAUUGGGAUUUGCCAAGAGGAUUCAUUUAAUGAACCCAAUGGUCCCAGGUCUGACUGGCACUAAGAUGAGCUCAUCUGAAGAGGAUUCAAAAAUAGAUUUGCUAGACUCGCCGGAGUCAUUGAAGAAAAAGCUGAAGAAGGCAUUCUGUGAACCAGGAAACAUUGAAUCCAAUGGCGUAUUGGCUUUUGUCAAGCACGUUCUUCUGCCAUUGACAGACGGAGAGUUCCUGAUUGAGAGAGAUGAGAAGUUUGGUGGCAGCGUGACCUACUCUGAUUAUGAUUCACUGGAACAAGCAUUCGCUAAACAGGAAGUUCACCCAGGUGAUCUGAAAGCAGCAGUAGUGAGAGAAUUGAACCGUUUGAUGGAACCCAUCAGAAAAGCCUUUGAAUCCCCAGAACUGAAGAAACUCACUAGCAAAGCCUACCCGCCUCCCCCAAAGAAGAAGCAACAAGGAGCGAAGCAAGCCCAAGGAGCUACCGCUAAUGAUGACAUCAUCCCAUCCAGGCUUGAUCUUAGAGUAGGCAAGGUCUUAUCUGCUGAGAUGCAUCCAGACGCUGAUACACUCUACUUGGAAGAGAUUGAUGUUGGUGAGGAGAAACCUCGCACAGUGAUUAGUGGCUUAGCUGGUGUGGUUCCUCUAGAAGCCAUGAGGGGCAGGAUGGUAGUCAUGCUGUGUAAUCUCAAACCACAGAAGAUGAGAGGCAUUGAGUCUCACGCUAUGGUCAUGUGUGCAUGCCGUGAGGAUCCCAAGCAAAUUGAGCCUCUUUGCCCACCAGAGGGCAGUGUUGCAGGCCAGCGUGUAUUCAUUGAAGGUUAUGAAUCAGGCAAGCCAGACGAGGAGCUCAAACCUAAGAAGAAAAUCUUUGAAAAAAUACAGGUUGAUCUCAAGACCUCUUCUGACAAUGUGGCUCAGUGGAAGGACUGUGCAUUCAUGACGGAGCUGGGAAAAGUCACAUGUACACUGCAAGAUGCUACUAUACGCUAGAAUAACCUUAUGACUUGUCAAAUAAAUAUAUUUUAAGUGAUAAAAACAUUGUAAUUUAAUUAUGGCUGUCAAACGGUUAAAUAUGUCCACUUAACAUGAAAGUGGGUUCUACUUACAAAAAAAAAGAGUUGUUAAAACUAUGAAUUUAGUUCAGAAGAAAUAGUAAUGCUGUCCUGUUCUUUGGAUGAAAAGUUAAAGACCAUUCUUGGGAAUUUUAUUCCGUUAGCAAACAAGUACAUGGUAACAGGGAAAUUGUACUAUUUUAGAAUAUAAGAGAAUAUUAUGCCCAUAUGGACUGGCAUUAUUCCGUCACUAAUGCACAACUAUUCACUCCGUAGGACUGUGAGUGACCACCAGAGGGUCUUAUUUCCCAUGGUUUGCAGAAGGUUGAGAGAAAACAAAACCCUGUCAUGGUCACUAAUAGGCCCAUGGGGUCAUGGACAUGCUGUAGUGACCCAAUAAUACCAGUCAAUAUUUUCCAUAGCUCGUCACAAUCCAUCACAGUCAUGUUAGUCUGUGUGAUGAUCAGCUUUGAUAGCCUCCACAGGGUGUUGAAAUGGGUCACACAUCUGAGAGAAUAUAGUGCACUAGCUGACCAGCACUAUAAUAGAGAACCUGUAUGCAUGCCAUACUUGAUGUAACAUUUGUUAUAGUCACAUAUUGAGAUCAGUGCCUGAUAUGACAGGUCACUAUAAUAGAGAACUGUAUGCGUGCCAUACUUGCUGUGAAUCCAGUGCAUGCUCUACUUAAAUACCAUGCAGUAACUUAUUACUGAACCCCCAUGACCAUGUUCUACUUAACUGGGAUAAAAAAGAAAAUCGGCAAGGUGUAUCAAAAUUUUCAGUAUAUUAAGCAGCACUGUCAGCUUCAGCCAUGAUCCAGCAAUGAGGAGCACGCAGGUGGGUAGCAUGCGUCUGGAAGAUGCUGGCCCAACGCUGUGUUAUUAUAAAUCACACAUGAUGGGUGUACAUGGACACUGACAGGACAAACUAAAUUGUGGUCGGACCUUAUUAGGUAUUUACCCGUGCAUAGCCACUGUAGCAAGCAUUCCUAAAAAUGCUUGUGCCAGGAGGGACAUGAGGGAUGCUCCAAUAGUCUAAAGGAUUAGAAGAUCAAGUGGAUUUGUAACAAUACACACUUGUUCGUACGUUUUCAAUGUGGCAAUAAAGUUAAGAGAAACUUGGGCCAAGCCUUUUUUGAGAUAUUGCCUUGAUAGUAGCUGCCAUUUUCUUAGGGUGAAUACAGAGGUGUCAAACAGAAAAAGAAGGCAAUUAACCAUACAAAAAAUUGGAUUGUUUGCUAGUUCUGAAGCUUGAAAGUGAGGGGCAAAAUUUAAGGUUUUCAUAAUGAAGAAAUAAAUGUCUACUUUCUUGGUGAUUGACAUUUUCACUAAAAUUUUGGAAAACACAUUAUAUUAACACUUCCAAAGGUCAUCAAAAUGUCCCGCUUCAAAACUGGUAAAUGAUAUGUUAGUGCAAUCCUUAUAAACAUUUAGCUCUUUCUCUGUCACAAUUUACAGUCACUAAAAAGCAGUCUUCUUGUGAGAGGGGUACUUUACUCACAUAAAAUAUUAUAUAUAGUGGUACACGGAAUAAUGUAGUACGUCGCCGAGUGGUAUGUGGGACACGGAUGCGCUACAUUGUCCGUGUUCCACAAGUGGGAGCGUGAUAAUGAAUUUAUCUUCAAGCAAAUUUGACGCUCAGUAAAAAUGGAACACGCAAGCUGUACAUGAACUUACAUGUGCACGUUGUACGGAAUGGCGCACGCAUAUAACAAAAGCACAAUAUGUGGAGUGCGGUAUGGACCAAGGCCGUGCUUUGUUAGCACAGCUUGUUGCCAUGGAUCGACCAAUCAGGAUCUAGGAUUCAAGUUUACUUGAAGAUAAUUACCAAUAUCUAAACGAAUGAAAGCAUCUUAUAAGGAAAUUGUGAAAGGCAAGCAGAAAUAUUCACUUCUGCAAAAAGAGUAAUACUACAAGAAAUAUCAGAACAUUUUAUUUUUGUUCGGCUUCUGACUUGACAAAUCGUGUUUAAGGGAAAACAGAUACAUGUACAGACGUGUAAUCGGGGUUAUAACAGACAUUGUGGCGGUGCACUGUAAAACUCAUAAAAUAUUACACGAGACAUAUCUAUGUCGUCAUUUUAUUCAAUGGGAUAAUGCCAUUUAUUUGAAAUGUGUUGUAUCACAUAUAUUUGUCUUUUAUGAAUAAAACUUUAAAUAACUUGAGCAAAGACAUCUUGCUUUGAAUGUA